GGUCAAUGCCCAGUGGUCCACUUUAUUUCACUUCUGUGGUGCGUGUGCCCAAAUUGACGUUUGUGCCCAAAACGAAAUUGGUUUUUGCAUUUUUGCCAGUGUUUGCCAAAAACUUACAGUAUACAGAUAUUAAUUUCAGCUUUCCAGAAUUUUGUAGAUUUAAGAAAAAUUUUUACUCGGGCACAAAUAAAAGAGAAAGGCUGGCAUCUAAAAUAAAAAAAUGUCAGUUGCAUUUGCACCUCGGGGCAACCGGCCUCCAUUGAGUCCAGCUCAAAUACAAAAGAUGUUGGACGAGAAUGCCCAUUUGAUACAAACAAUUCAAGAAUACCAAGCUAAAGGCCAACUAAUGGAGUGUCAUCAGUACCAGCAAGUCUUACACAGGAAUUUGGUGUACCUGGCGUCAGUAGCGGACGCAAACCAAAAUAUCCAGUUGCUACUACCACCUCCUCAUCAGUUAGCAUCUGGAAAUGUGCAACAAUUGAAUCCACCCACCAGUGGAGCUGACGGCCCCGGCUCACCACAACAACCAUACCGUCCACCAACAGGAGUAUCUACUACGCCCACAAGACCCACACAAUCAUACGGCCAAAGACCUUACCCACAAAAUCAAUAUCAAGGUCAGUACCAGGGUGCCCCUGGUGUAUAUCCUCCACAAGGUGGUUAUGGCCCUCCAGGACAAGGAUAUGGACCACCAAACCCUACACAACAGCCACAAGGAUAUCCACCAAAUUCGUCAUACGGCCCUCCCAUCACUACAGCUCCCAGUAAUUAUCCUCCAUCAACACACCCAGGACCUGGAUACCCACCUUCCUCAAAUCAGCAACCUUAUGCUCCUCCACCAGGAAGCCCUGCCGCUGCAGGUUCACCUUAUCCUGUGCGUGGCUCUAGUCAACCAGCAUAUACAGGCAAUUCUGGAUAUCCUCCUCCACAAUCUGGUCCAAACUAUCCCAAUGUAGGUGUCAGCUCUUAUAAUUCUACUACAUCUCAGCCCCAACCCUAUCAGUCCCAGCCUUUCCCAAACACUACACCUACAUCUGCCUACAGCUCCACGCCAAUAUCACAGCCAAACCGUUCCCCGCAACCUCCACCCAGCAGUUAUUCUUCCCAAAACCCAACUAGCACAGGGUAUGGAUCACCAUCUGCACAAUCUCCAACAUAUAAUUCUAGUUCUCAUGGAAACAAUGUACCACCAUCCACUGGUGCCUCUGGGGCUCCUCCUCAGAAUCCACCACCAGGCCAGCAAUAUCCUCCCGCCGGUCAACCAUCUCCAUAUCCACCAGCAACACAACCGCCUUAUUCCAAUCCUUCCUCCCAGCCAGGUAGUCCUGCACCUUCAGUGUCCACUGCACCCCCUCCUCAGUCAUCUUAUCCCCAAAACCCACAAAGCUACCCUCCUGCUGGAGCAGCAUAUCCUCCUCAUGCUUACCAACAAGGUUAUCCUCCUGCACAAUAUCCACCUUCUCCAUACCCAUACGCUCGAGCGCCAGCACCAGGAGCUCCGCCGCCUGGUGCUCCACAACCUUAUCCUGGUUAUGGUUUCCAACCUCCAAACCAACAAUAAUCAACAAUUUGUUCUAUUAACUAUUGUAGCCCUAAUUAUUUUAAUUAAUUGAGUAUAUCAAUUAGAAUUAUACUAUUGUAUAACUAUUAGGAGUACUUUAAGAAAUGUAAGUGACACUUCCAUGGAAGUUAGAAACAAUGUGACCACACUUGAGGGCAUAAUAAGUAAGUGUAUAGCAAUAAGUAAAUUAUGUUUCUACAUGAGUAAAGACAACUUUUUUAUGUUUAAAAGGAAGGUCAUGUAUUCAAAUUUGAAUGAUUUUUAGAUAAGAAGGUGUAUGAAAUAAAUUUCUUUUUCUAUGAAAAUCAAAAUCAUGUUUGUAUAAACAAACAAAACUCAAAUCAAAUGUAAAAUAAAAUGAUUUAAUGAUGAUGAUAUGUAAUAGCCCAUAAUAACUGUAAGCAAGAUGAACAAAUACACCACUUUUGGUAUUAAUGAGAUUAAUUAAUAGAUUAUAUUAUUAUUUUUAACUCCAAUGGACUUUGAGUUAAGUAUUUAGUGAUAGUAAAUAAAUUACAAAGCACA